UGGAGCACAGGUGGACAGUAGGGACGAGGAUGAACACACGCCACUUCACAUCGCAGCAUCAAAAGGACAUGUUGGUGUUGCUGAACUCCUCCUGAAGGCUGGAGCACAGGUGGACAGUAGGAAUGGGUUUGAAUACACACCACUUCACUACGCAGCUUUAAGGGGACAUGUUGGUGUUGCUGAACUCCUCCUGAAGGCUGGAGCACAGGUGAACAGUAGGGAUCAGGACGAGGACACGCCACUUCACAACACAGCGUCAGAAGGACAUGUUGGUGUUGCUGAACUCCUCAUGAAGGCUGGAGCACAGGUGGACAGUAAGAAUAAGCUCGGCAGGACCCCUAAGGACAUAGCAGCAAGUACAGACGUUAAAUCCUGGCCAUAUGGGAAAGAUAGCGAUCGCGUCCUGGCGGGAAGGAAAAGGAUCCUUGAGCUUUUUGCAGCGCAAAAGUUGGCCCGCCCUUACAGACAAAAGGUGGGUCCAGAAGGAGGUGAACUACAAACCCCGUCUUGUACCGUCACUGUACCGGGUGGAGCCGUUACCAUGGAAACAGAAAUUACCUGUCAGGUCAUCGACCCCAAUGACGUCACUCUUCCCCUGAAGGACGGAGAGAUGUUAGUGAGUGACAUCAUAGAGCUGGGUCCGCACGGGACAACCUUCUGCAAACCUGUCACUGCACAGCUGCACUACAACAACACGUCGUUAGGUGACACUACGGAAGUUGACGCGUGGGUCUCUGAGGACAGGUCACAAUGGGCGAAGAUUAAGACCAUUAACGCAAGCGAAGACUGGCUUGCCGUAUCAGUGGACCACUUUUCUAUCUUUGCCAUCGUUAGCCAGCCUAAAAAGGAAAAUUUUAAUGUGUCUACAGAAGGAUUUAAGCUGACGUCAUCAACCCAGCCUGCAGUACAAAUCAGCUUCCCGGAACAGACUGUGACCUCACCAACCGAAGUCUCCAUACAGGUGCAAGAAAUUAAAAAAGAAACAUUGGAGGACCUCAAGGCACAAGACCAGUCUUUCCGCGGUGUUGUGGGCACCAGUCCGAUAGUCAAGGUGGUAACUGCGCCCGAGAACGUUACUAUAUCCCCGCACGAGGAGCCAAGAUCAUCGGUAUGCUGCUGCCUGCCCACCCGUCAACACUCCAUGUCCCGGUCUGAGUCUGCAGUCCAGUUCCACAAACCGGUCACAGUGCGAGUCCCACAUCCUCAACACUACAUGGACAUCCAACAUGAGGGACCCACCAAACUGAGGGUGAUGUCAUGUGAGGAGGGGACAGAAGACUGGGUAGAUGUAACAGACGAUGCCAUCAAGCAGGAUACUGAGGAGUUUGUGGAGUUUGAAGUCACCCAUUUUACAAGAUGGAUUGUAAUCCUUGUCAAAGACUCCUACGUGGACCCAGAAGAACUAGGACCGAUCCUAUUGAAAUUCUGUCGAUGGCUUCAAUCGCGCCCCGUACAGUUCAUCCUACUCCAGCGAGAAGACAACGCAAACGAAUUGGUCGCAGAGUGCACUCUGGGUGGUAGUGCAGAGGAGAGACGCUGUAAGCUGAUGAAAGAGGGUUACAAGGCUCCAUUGCCUUCUGCCACAGUGAAUCUAUUCGAAGGACAACAAGUAGAAAUACACAUCGGCGGUAACGUGGCACCAUACGACAUGGAAAGCAGCAGAAAACAGCAAAUCACAUUCCACAGUCAGAACUACAACUGCCUUCACAUGCAGGUCAUGGCUUUAAAAGAUGCUACGCAGAAGGGUUUAGAUGGCCAAGGAUAUGCUGAAUUCUAUGCUCUACCACGCGUGGAAGUUGAAAGACAGAAAGUUAAAAGGAAAAUACUACCACUGAAAUUGUCAGCUCUUGAGGAAGUGGCAAAGGGACAGGCAGAGCCGAAGUCCACAUUUCUUUGCCGUUUGCCAAUCCGCGUGCCAUAUGAUAGUCCAGAAGAGACGUCGGGCGGUGCAGUUUGCGCAGAUUUGCAAGGCGUUGAGAAGUAUUUUUAUUUCACCAAGGAAGAAGUUAGCACAGACUGGAUGGAUCUGGCCUUCCACCUUGGACUUAAAGAUGCAGACAUCAGCAACAUUGCCGGCAGAAACCGCGACGACAAGUCCUGCUGCAUGGACAUGCUGCAGGAAUGGAAGAAGAAGAAGGGAGACGCUGCUACCAUAGAGGUCCUGAUGGAGGCUCUGUCAGAGGCAGGGCUGCAGAGCGUCGUGGAUGGUUUGAAGCGCAAAUUCCCAGAUAUUGUACUACCAAAACAAGGAGAAAAGAAGUAAAGGUAAGUGCCGGAUAGAUUAUGCGUUUGACGGAGGUACAUUGCAAUUAAAUGUUGACAUCUACAUGUAUUAUGUUGUUUAUUAAAUUUAGCAAUACCAUUUCCUUGCUUAUUAUUC